UAUUUAAGCAUCUAAAAUGUCAUCUGUCAAGCCCCUAGUUUAUGCAGUUAUUCGGUUCUUGCGGGAGCAAAGUCAGAUGGAUGCAUACACUUCUGAUGAACAAGAAAGUUUGGAAGUUGCAAUUCAGUGCUUGGAGACAGUUUUUAAGAUCAGCCCAGAAGAUACACAUCUAGCAGUUUCACAGCCUUUGACAGAGAUGUUCACAAACUCCGUCUGUAAGAAUGAUAUACUGCCCCUUUCAAACCCGGUGUCUGAGGACGUGGGAAAGGCCGACCAACUGAAGGAUGAAGGCAACAACCACAUGAAAGAAGAGAACUACGCAGCCGCAGUGGACUGUUACACGCAGGCGAUAGAACUGGAUCCCAAUAAUGCGGUUUAUUAUUGCAACAGGGCUGCUGCUCAAAGCAAGUUAAGUCACUACACAGAUGCAAUAAAGGACUGUGAGAAAGCAAUAGCAAUCGAUUCUAAAUACAGCAAGGCCUAUGGAAGGAUGGGGCUGGCCCUCACUGCGAUGAAUAAGUUUGAAGAGGCUGUUACAAGCUACCAGAAGGCACUGGAUCUGGAUCCUGAAAACGAUUCCUAUAAGUCCAAUCUGAAAAUAGCAGAACAGAAGUUAAGAGAGGUACCCAGCCCUACAGGAACUGGGCUGAGCUUUGACAUGGCUAGCUUGAUAAAUAACCCGGCGUUUAUCACCAUGGCUGCAAGUUUAAUGCAGAACCCUCAGGUUCAACAGCUAAUGUCAGGAAUGAUGACAAACGCCAUCGGCGGACCUGCUGCUGGAGUUGGAGGCCUAACAGACCUGUCCAGCCUUAUCCAAGCGGGGCAGCAGUUUGCUCAGCAGAUACAGCAGCAGAACCCUGAACUCAUAGAGCAGCUGAGAAAUCACAUCCGCAGCAGGUCCUUCAGCAGCAGCACUGAGGAGCACUCCUGACUUGACCGGGACCCUCCUCCGCUAUACAAUGGUUGAAUGGUUUGCAGUUCUGAUGUAUACACUUGUAGAUACUAGCCAGAAACAAAGUAACAAGACAACAACAACAACAACAAAACACCCUAUACAAUGUCUGGAAACAGUGGAAACAACGGUCUCUUGUAUAAGCCUGAGAGAAUACAUCUAUUUAGAUAAUAGUUUACCACAAGCAGACUUGGACAUAAUACAAACUCCUUUGGAAACAAAUGAUCAGUAGCCUUGUUAAGUGCUAAUCCAGCCUUGGGACAAGGGCCCACCCAUUUUAAGACUUUUACCAUCAUAUUUGUAUAUUAGACUUAGUGCAGAGUAUAUUUAUUGAAUAGCAGGGCUAUUUGCCGGAAAGCUCAUUGGCUGCAGGUUUCCAUAGGUUUUGACAGGUGUGAUGACUAAGUGCAAAGAUUUCCCAUGCUGGUUUAGAGGAAGUGUGCUUGGCAGCACGCCAGGACACAAGCUUUGGCAUGUGCUGCCAUCAGUAACACACGUCUCUUGUGGGUACGGGUACUGUCUGCAGGGCGGCUUGUGCUGGGGACAGGGAAUCUUCCGAACCGGCAGGAAGCAAUGUUUGGUGCAAGCAACGCUUUGAAGAUACUGUGAAUGUACAGAAAGCAAAGGUAGUAUGCUCAGGUUUUCAGUAUAGAUUUUAACCAGUCUUGUCUGUAGCUUAGUGUUGAUCGCAUUCGCAUGGCCAGUUAAGUACAUAAUGAAACAUACUUAGAAAUCCUUCAUGGUACUGGUCAGGUCAGUGACACAACUGCUCCAUUAAAUUGUCACAGCUUGUCAGUUUCAUUGGUGGUAAACUUACCUAGGGCAGUAUCUAGUUACAUUUUAAAAAGCCACUGACUUGAUCCUAAAUUAUGGGUUUUCUAAGUGGAAUUUAAUUAUGUGCACAUCAACGAUUUUUUUUUAAUGUUACCAUUAUUUGGUGGAUAUAAAAAGUAUCUAUUGCUCAUUUGUGUGAUCCUCUGCUGCAGCUUAGCUUGGCAUGCCGUCUUACACUUAACUUUAAUUUAUUGCAAUUUAAACAUAGCAGGAGACUUCAAAUAUCUUAUUUGAAAUUGGAUGCCAUACUGUGCAUCUGGCAUACGGUUAA